AUGGCAUCAAGGCUUUUGCACGUGACCAUCCCACGUUUCAACGCCGCCCAAAAUACCCCCCCUGGCGGUAGUCCAGACGAGGACUCCAGCAAGCCCGCGCCCACAAAAAGACCCUUAAGUAGGGUUGCCAUCGGCGGCUCGCAGAACUCCACAAAGAAGUUUGCUGAAAGCAGCGGCAUCGAAUUUGCAUCCUGGAAAGCCGUGGUGCUUUUGCUCGUUGCUGGCGGUGCGUUCACUUGGUGGUUUGCGCGGGAAAAAGAAAAGCUCCGGAUUCAAAAGGAAGUCGAGAGUAAGCGGGGCGUGGGCCGCCCGAUGAUUGGCGGUAACUUCUCGCUUGUGGACCAGGACCACCAGCCAUUCACCCAGGAAAACUUAAAGAACGACGAGCGCAAGUUUUCUAUCAUAUACUUUGGCUUUACUCACUGCCCCGACGUGUGCCCUGACGAGUUGGAUAAGCUAGGUGAGAUGUUGGAAGACUUGAAGCAGCGGCAUGCCAUUGAGUUGCAGCCAUUGUUCAUCACGUGCGACCCUGCGCGGGAUUCGCCGGAGAUCGUCAAGCAAUAUUUGGCCGAUUUCCACCCCUCCAUCAUUGGGUUGACUGGUUCCUGGGAGGCCGUCAAGAACGUGUGCAAGAAGUUCCGCGUGUACUUCUCCACGCCGCCAGACGUCAAGCCGGGCCAGGACUACUUGGUGGACCACUCGAUUUUCUUCUACCUCAUGGACUCCGAAGGUCAGUUUGUGGAUGUGAUUGGUAAGGAGGUUGACGCCAAGGGCGGAGCCGAGAGAAUCCGCAAGCACGUGGAGGCGUUUGUGCCUGAGGCUGAGCGCGAGGCAAGAAAGAACUCCUGGUUGAGCUUUCUCUACAAGUGA